AUGGCGGCCUCCGCAUCGCCCUCGUCAAACCACACUACCUCUACCUCUACCUCCGCGGCCACUUUACCUUCCUCAAGAGAGAGCUGGACCGAUCCAAAGGAUCUGAAGGCCGGAUCUGGUUCCGAAAGGGUCUAUCCUCACAUUAAAGACAUCAUCCAAGAUGCCACAACCUCUUUCAGAGCAGAUGGCUCGCUUACACAAUACUUAAACGAGGUCGAGACAUGUAUUGCGACUGCUAGGAACUCUCUGGAUUUCCUCCGACGGCCCGACCUGGCCUACAAGAAUUAUGUUCUCGCUUACGAAAUAGCCGUCAACUACAUCCCCAAGCAUAAGGAGUAUGGAUUCUGGGACAACAACCAUGCUUGGGCAGUGAAGUACAAGGCGGCGCGGAGGAAGCUGAACGAGAUGGAAAGUCAAAUGACUCGGGUCAAGGCGCUUGUUGAGGAAAAUAACGUACGAUACGGGACACGACCUCGAACUAUGUCAAGAAAGCCAGUGUACUCUACCGGGUUUGGCGUGCCACCAGACUCUCUGACUUCUGGUGCCGGACGGCCACCCAUUUCCAGAGGCAGCGAUCCCACAACCGCUCAACAGACACACUCUCACCAAUCCUCUCAGCUUCCUUCGCCCCUUCGGAUAGACCGCGCCCGUCCGUCAAGCAAGCCGAAACCGGAGGGCCUUCUCGGUCGACCACUCACCGACACCUCUAAUGACCUUAGUCAGAGGUUUGCCCGCCUCAGAGGUUUAGGAACGACGUCGGAGGAGCCUCCUUUAAUAUCAAUGCCCAAACCAAGUGAUUACCAGACUGGCGCAGGACGUGGUCCAAGACCACAAUCAUACACCCCGCAGGCGUAUUCGGAAGGCAAUGGAUAUACCUCAAGUCCACGACUCAACGGGCCAAGGGUUAUGCCUGACUCUUCCCAUGCUGGCCCUGAUUUACCACCCAAGCUCCCUCUCGCGACAUCUAUUGCUCUGCCUAAACCACCUAGUCCGGCGUACAGUCCCAUAACUACCACAUCCGCCGGGUCCUAUGCAAACAGCAAUCGACAUUCCGCAGAAGGCAGCCGUCCACCUUCAGAGAAGAGGCAAACUUAUUACAAUCACUCACAAAAUUCAUCGUCUACUUCUUUGCAUCUCCAGAGAACCCGCGACGAAAUCCUCUCUCCCUACCGUCCCACCACUCCAAACGGAGUAAACACUGCCAUUGUCCCUAAAAGCAGUUCCAGUGAGCUUCCGCACAAUACGUCCAUAGACGCGCCCAUACUACACGAAUACAUGCGGAAAUACAACAUUCUCCUGAUCGAUGUUCGCGAGAGGGUUCUUUUCGAUGACGGCCACAUCAUGUCCAGUUCGAUCAUCUGUAUCGAACCCAUCUCCUUGAAAGAAGGCGUCUCGGCUGAAGAGCUAGAAGACCGACUUGUGCUUGCCCCUGAUACGGAACAAGCACAUUUCUCCCGCCGAAACGAAUUCGACCUUGUUGUGUACUAUGACCAGGGCACAAAUGACAACUCUUACUUGCAAGGGCCGCCGAGUAUGACGAAAGCUCCGGCGCUUAGGGCUCUCUACGACACUCUGUACGAAUUCAACGACACAAAGCCUCUCAAGGAUGGUCGACCCCCUGCAUUAUUGGCCGGCGGCAUUGAUGCUUGGGUCGAUUAUAUGGGGGCUCAGUCUCUUGCUCGGUCAAGGACAGCCGCAACACUUGGAACUACACGUCAACGCCUCGCUGUCGGACCAGGGAGACCUAUCGCACGACAGCGUAUGGUGUCUGCGAACUCGCGAUAUGAGGUCCGCAACAGGCGCCUGCGUGAUCACAAAUUCCUGGACGAAAGCGAGCAGGAGGCAUGGCGGCAACAAGCUUUGCAGGAGGAGGUGGCACCAACGGACAGACCCGAGGUCGUCAGCGAUGAAGAAUACUCUGGUGCUGAAAGCGAGCAGGUUCCUCAGUCGCCCUUCAUCCCUGACUAUGAGACAUUCUUGCGCCGAUUUCCCUCUAUAAAGCAGCAGGAAUCCAUGACCAUGGCCCCACGGAGGCCUCUGCCCUCACAUCCGGCUACUUACUUACCUCACGCUGCUCAUGUCCCUCCGGCAUUGCCAGCGGUCCCCACGAGACCCACUCCGGCCAUACCCAGACCUAGCUAUUCGGGCCAGGCGGAUAUCAAUGCACCUCAACCGGCGCUGGCAAGGGUCACUUCUGCCAGUCGUCCUCCUCUAUAUUCUUCAACCACGUCUAUGCGCAACAGCAAGCUACCUAAAACUGGUCUGACCAAUUUUGGAGUCACCUGUUACAUGAACUCGACCUUACAGUGCUUGUCGGCGACCAUUCCCUUGUCCAACUUCUUCAACGACCGGGUAUAUGAGGGAUACGUGCAAAGGAAUUGGAAAGGGAGCAAUGGCAUCAUGCCCAAGCUGUACGCCAACCUGAUCCAGGCAGUCUGGCAAGGAGACACUGAAGUCAUCAAACCAUCCACGUUCAGAAGCUUUUGUGGUCGCAUGAAUCGAGAGUGGGCCAUAGACCGGCAGCAAGACGCCAAAGAAUUCUUCGAUUUCCUGGUGGACUGCUUACAUGAAGACUUGAAUAUCAACUGGGAGCGGCAUCCACUUCGACCACUGACGACGGCCGAGGAAAUGCAAAGGGAAAGGAUGGAGAUUGCGCGGGCCAGUCCAAUCGAGUGGAACCGCUACGAACACCGAGACCGCAGUUUUUUGUCGUCGUUGUUUGCUGGGCAACAUGCCUCGCGGUUGCGGUGUCUGACGUGUCGACGAACCUCGACAACGUAUGAAGCAUUCUACAGCAUAUCUAUUGAAAUCCCAAGGACGGGCACCGGUCACGUCUACGACUGUUUGAAUUCAUACUGUCGGGAAGAGAAACUUUCCGAGUUGUGGAGGUGCCCAUAUUGCAAGUGUGAGCGUGAGGCCACGAAACAAAUCAUCCUGACCCGUCUCCCACAAUUCCUUGUCAUCCAUUUUAAGCGUUUUGCGGCAUCAAAACACGAAAAGGCCAAGAAGAUCCACACUCCGAUCGAGUUCCCGUUAUACGGUCUGGCGAUGGAUGAUUUUGUCAUCCCUCGUCCUCCGCCCGGGCCAGACCAGGAUGGCCCGAUUGACAUGGCAACCACACCACCUUACAGUUACGACGCGUAUGGCGUGCUAAGACAUCUAGGGAACACUGGCGAUGGCGGCCACUACAUCAGCAUCGUCAAGGAUCAAGGUCGAGGUUGCUGGAGGAAAUUCGACGACGAGCGACAUGUCGAUCUUGACCCCAACAAGCUGAGUCCUCGCGAUCGGUUACAGAAUGCCGAGGCAUACAUUGUGUUUUAUCAGCGGUCGCAGGCGCGGUAG